CCAGCCCCCCCCUGGAUACGCCCUUGCCCGUUAGAUUUAUUUUUCCGAGAGGUGGGUUAUGUCAGAGACUCAAUUUUAAAUUUUAAACUUAGUUUUACUGUUUUCAGCUUCCUUCUUCAAGGCCCUCUACUUGUUCCAAUGUGCCAAAUGAAUAAUGAUACAGUUCACCCUUGGGGACCUAGACCUUUAAUUAGCGAUUCUGAUGAAAUCAUUCUAUUUGUUAAAGCGUUAGAAUAUGAUUAUAGAAUUCGAUUUCCGAUGGAUAUAACUCCUAGUGAAGUGCAUUGGCGUGAUUUUGGUGCCUUACAACCUGAAAAACAAGAAGUUUUACAAAGCCUUAUAGAUAGUGCUGUUAGCCUUAAAUUGACCAAAGACGAUCGCGAACUUCUUUGGUCUGAACGUCACUUUCUUCAUCAAUUCCCAAGUGCCUUACCUCUCGUUCUCAGCUCUGCUACAUGGGGUACUUACAAUUUGGGCAAUAUUUAUGCUCUUCUUAAAAAAUGGGCGCCAUUGCCUCCAAUAAUUGCUUUGGAGUUGCUUUUACCGAAUUUUCAAGAUCGUUAUGUCCGUGAAUAUGCUAUUAAAUCAAUUAAGCAGGCUUCUUCUGAAUUUAUUUUUAAUUUAAUUACCCAAUUUGUGGAAGCUCUACGCUUUGAAACUUUUGAAGAUUCUGCUUUGGCUUUGUUUUUGUUGGAGCAUUCAACUAAAGAUAGAAGAUUUGCUUUGGAACUUUUUUGGCAGCUUCAAACAAGAAUUCAAGAUGUUAAAAGUCCUUCAUUUGCUUCACGUUGCAAAUUACUCCAAAAAAUGCUUUUAGAUUUAGGCAUACCAAGCUUGGAAGAUGAAAUAGCUUUUCAACAACAAUUUUUGGAUAAAAUUGAUAAAAUUUCUUUAAUAGUUAAGGAAUGUGGAGAUUCAGCGACUAAAACUUUAAAAAAAAAACUUUUUCAAUUUUUGGAUGUUUUUGAUUUUUCUAAUCUACGCAUUCCAAUUGCUACUUCUUUUUGUUGCAAAUCGCUAUCGAUAGAUGACUGUUCAAUUUUCAGUUCAAAAACAAAACCAAUAAAAAUAGUUUUUAAAGGCAAACGUAAUUCUUUUGGAAUAAUUUAUAAGGCUGGAGAUGAUUUAAGACAAGAUGCUGUUGUUACUCAAUUAGUGCGUGUUAUGAAUGAUAUCUGGUUAAGUGAACAACUCGAUUUGAGAAUUAUUUCUUUUCGGUGUAUGCCUACAGGAAAGGAUAAAGGAUUGAUCGAACUAGUCCCAGAUUGUCGCACUAUAAAAGAAAUUCAAGAAGAGAUGGGUACGGGAGUUAAAGCUGUAUAUGAAGAUAUUGUUCUCCUUAAUUGGCUUAGAAAAAAUAAUUCUUCUGAAUUUCAAUAUAAAGCGGCGCUAGAAAACUUUCGACGUUCUUGUGCUGGUUGGUGUGUAGCAACUUAUAUUUUAGGAAUUGGAGAUAGGCACAAUGACAACAUUAUGUUGACCACAACUGGGCAUAUGUUUCAUAUAGAUUUUGGAAAAUAUAUGGGUGAUAAACAAAUGGCUGGAAUAUUUAGCCGUGACAGAGUCCCAUUUGUUUUUACAAAGGAAAUGGCUUUUGCUAUUAAUGGUGGUCAAAAUACAACAGAAAAUUUUCAACGUUUUGUUGAUGAAUGUUGUGAAGCUUUUAAUUUAUUACGCAAAAAUCGUCCAAUUUUGUUAAAUAUGAUUAGGUUUCUUUCUUGUUCUGAUAUUCCUGGAAUGUGUAUGGAAUCUGUGGAUUAUGUAGAAAAUAAUUUAAUGUUAGAUAUGAAUGAUGUUCAAGCUAAAGUUCUUUUUACACAAAAACUUGAAGAAUCGUUACAAAGCUGGUUCCCUCGUCUCAACUUUUUGGCACAUACAAUUGCUCAAUUUAAAGGAAAUCCAUUACAAAUUUUUGGAGUUUCAAAGGUUGAUGAUAUGAAUAGAUUAUCGUUUAUAUCUGAAAUAUAUACAGAAAAGAAUGAUGGAAGAAUAGAUUCUGUUGUGGUUAGCUCUUUUGAUAAAUGGUCAGAAAAUUCCAAAAAAGUUUAUAUGUAUAAAUUGUUGGUUAGAAGGGUAAAUGAAAAUGUCCCGACAGAGAUUUACAGAUCAUAUCAAGAAUUUGAAGAACUUCGCUUAAAACUUUGCUAUCGUUUUUCUAUUAGAGCCAUUCCUUCCCUAUCCCAAACUGUUACGAUUCUUGGAAGAACAAAUGUUAGAGAAGUGGCUAUUCGACGUGUGCCUGAACUUCAAGUUUUUCUUCAAAAAUUGUUUAAACUUUCUGAUGAAGUUGCACAUUGUGAUUUGGUCUAUACUUUUUUGCAUCCUCUCUUUCGUGAUACUGAACCUGAAAGUCGGAAGAUUAAUGGCAUACCAGACAUUUUGCCCGAUUUAAAUUUCCAUUGUCAAGUACUUCUUCGGAUUACUUUACUAGAUCAAGCAGAUUUACGCAUCUUUGUUGGUCAUGCAAGAAAUCUACCUUUAGUUAGCCGUGAUCAAUCCCCAGACAGUUAUGUAAAAACUUAUUUGCGUUGGGGAGAGGAGGAUGACAGUAUUUUGUUUGCCCCUCGUUAUUGGAAAAGAAAGACAAGAGUUGUUAAAAAUACACAAAAUCCAACAUAUAAUCAAGAGAUUUGUUAUUCACUAAAAGAUGUUAUUCUACACGGAGUUUCUGUCAAUGAAAUUUCUUUAGAUGUCUCAAUUUGGCACUCUGGGAAUCUUAAAGUUAAAUUCCCCUUGUGUGAAACCCGUAUCAAGUUGAAUCAGUUGACGUGUGAAACAGACAAAAGAGGAAUGGAAAAAAUUGAAAAUUGGUUUUCGAUGACAAUUAAUUGA